UCACAGCAUGGAGAAGGGGGAGGGAGGGUAGGGCAGAGGAGUUUGACACUUCUGCAUCAUUUCCUUUCACAUGAGGUUUGCUGUUGUUGGUGCCUUGAUCUGAUUUGUGUCGUCUGUCUGCCUUCUCACUUACCUUCUGGUGGCACGUUGAUACUGUGAUGGAUCUGAGGGCUCUUGUGAUCAUCUCGGCGCUCGCUCUUGUGACUAAUGGAAAUACCCAAACUCCAGAUUAUAACCAAACUGAAAACUACACUGUCAGCUCCAUUUCCCUGACUAGCAGUCCUGCGACAACUGCCACCACCUCUAAAAGUACAAACUUCGUGGAUAACUUCACUUCUUCAACCAAAUGUAAAGCUGAGAAGGACGCGACACAGCUGAAGACCUACAAAGUGAUGACAGCGUUGCUCUUCUGCAUAUUGCUCAUCCUUUUCCUGAUGCGCUUCACCAGACCUACUGUAAAAGCCCUGCAGAAGAGAUUGUCAGACAGGAGGCAGAAUCGUUGGAUAGGACCUACACAGAGUCACAGCGUGUCUUAUCAUCGAGGGAAAACUGCAGUUAAAAAUAAUGAUGGAGAUAAGAGACACUCCUACCCUGCUCUGGAUCGUUUGGUAAUCUCUGACAGCAGAGAGCCUUCAUCCAAUAGGAACAGUGACUACAACCUCUGACUUGCAUCUUACUCCAUCAUCUUCCUCCAUCAUCUUCCUCCGUCAUAAUCAACAUCAAUGUCAUCAUUGUCUUAUGUGAGCUGGAAAUGUAGUAUGUUUUCAUUUGUAGCUAUAUUUCACCUAUUUUGUGAGUCUAUCAAGAAGUCACAAAUUUAGGUUCAAAGUUAUGUAAAAGUGAGUUUCAUUGUGGCCUCACCACUGUGAGAGAUCCACUGUGAGAGAACAAAAACGUUGCACAGGGUCUCAUCCUUGCCUUACAGAGUGCAGCUACAACACCAACCCAUAAACUGUAGAGCACACACACACACACACACACACACACACGCUCACACACACACACACACACACACACACACACACACACACACACACACACACACACACACAAUAUUCAUGAAUGACUGUACAGCACACAAUUUUGUAGUAGAUAAAAUCCAAAUCAAUUCACCCAGUUCUUGUUUUGAAAGUCAUGUCAGAGUAUGCUGUGCAAUCAUUCCACCCUGGAAAAGAACAAAGAAGUCAUUAAAAGGAGCUUCAUCAAAUCAGACAUCUGUUUAUAGUUUGCUUUGCUGGAAUUUAGCUUUACGUGCCAGUCGUGUAAAGUUUAUAUCAAUAAAACAUACAGGAUGUACCACACGGCUGUGCGUCUACACACACCUAGAUUUCCAAGUUUACAUUAAUGUAGUUGAGUUUUUUCUCAAUCACACAGCUAUAAAAUCACAUCUAUUCCAAAAUAGUCAUAUAUAACCUUAGUUCAAAGCUCCCCAUGUUUCUGUGUGUCUGAAUGUAACUAUGUUUCUGUGAGCUGUGUCCAAAUGACUCUCGACACUGAAACAGAUGGCGUUACACAUUUAUACAUGUUGUACAAAGCCUGUAACUUAACCAUAAAUAAAUAUAAGACAGAGACAGGACCAUUUAAAUCAUUUCUACAUCUCUGACAUGUGAGUUGUCGCCCUCAUCGUCUCAAACUUUAACCGAAUCCUUUGUCCUGUUUUGCAGAGCCUUAUCUCCAUCACAGUCCAUUUAGUUUUAGUUCAGUUUAAUCCACUUAAUCUAUUAAUAUCUCAAACACAUAAACAUUUUUAAUUAAGGGUCUCUACCUUACAAUGUAAAGCACCUUAAGACAACCUCUGUGUUUAAAUAUAACUGAAUUGAAUAAAGUUUUGAAUUGCAUCACAUUUUGACGUGUUCAUAAACAACAAAUAAAAUUCAACCUGUCUUCUCCUGGGCUUAGUCAGGCUCACGUCACUCAAUGAUUCAGAAGAAUCCACUAAGCAAUUAGAAAUGUCUAAAGUUGUUUUUUGUUUUUUUAUUUAUUGUUUAAUAUGAAAGUUAGUCAUCAAGAAGGAUGGAAAACAGAAAAUGCUAUUUUAAGCAAGCACUCCAGUUUUUUAAAUGGUAACUUCCAGAUAAAUGUUUUUCUUUCUGUGCUUUAUUCUAUUAAAUGUUGUGUCUGUUCGAGUAUAACUUUAGUGUUAGUGCAGUUAGUGGCCUCAGCGGCUUCACAGUACUUUUCACUUAUUGAAUACUUUUUACUUUGCUUGCUUACAAGUUUCACAACUUGAACUCUUUGUGUAUGAAUAACCAAUGAUGAUCCUGAGAACUGCAGGAACAAUCUUCAACAUGUUGUAAAUAUUCUCCUCAUCAAAAGAUUUUCAGAAGAAGAACAAUUGGAGUGUAACAUGGUAAUAUAGUACUGUUUGUAAUACUAAGUGCAACUUUUUGUCAUAAGUAAAAUGAUUCAACCAA